GUCCACCUCUAGUGCCCGACUAUAUUCGCUUUCCAAUACUGUUUCCGACCGAAUUGUGUAGUGCUGCGGCAAGAAAAGUUGUGAAUUUCGAGGGGAAUUUCGAGCAACAUCUCACCGUUCCGCGCCGUCAAAGUCCAGAGGUCCAGAAGUCCAGUUGUCCACGAGUAAAUCAAUCACCGAGUGCUUAGCAGGAUGGCUCAGGAAGGUCAGGAUAUUCCCACAUUCAAGUGCGUGCUCGUCGGCGAUGGCGGCACCGGCAAGACCACCUUCGUCAAGCGCCACAUGACCGGCGAGUUCGAGAAGAAGUACGUGGCCACACUGGGCGUGGAGGUGCACCCGCUGAUCUUCCACACCAACCGCGGCGCCAUUCGCUUCAACGUCUGGGACACCGCCGGCCAGGAGAAGUUCGGCGGUCUGCGCGACGGCUACUACAUCCAGGGCCAGUGCGCCGUCAUCAUGUUCGACGUCACCUCGCGCGUCACCUACAAGAACGUGCCCAACUGGCAUCGCGACCUGGUCCGCGUCUGCGAGAACAUCCCGAUCGUCCUCUGCGGCAACAAGGUGGACAUCAAGGAUCGCAAGGUGAAGGCGAAGAGCAUCGUCUUCCACCGAAAGAAGAACUUGCAGUAUUACGACAUUUCUGCCAAAUCGAACUACAACUUCGAGAAACCAUUCCUUUGGCUGGCGCGCAAGCUGGUUGGCGACCCCAACCUGGAGUUCGUCGCCAUGCCAGCCCUGCUGCCGCCCGAGGUCAAGAUGGACAAGGACUGGCAGGCGCAGAUCGAGCGGGAAUUGCAGGUGGCCCAGGCGACCGCCCUGCCCGACGAGGACGAGGAUCUAUAAGCCUAUUUAUAGUUAACUGAGAGAGAUGGCCGGCUUGCACACACCACACACACUACACACCACAAACACACAACAUGUCACGAGUCGGGGCAACAGGAUAGCAGGAUAGCAGGCGAACGGGCAAACAGGAAGGAAAAGGAACACCAGCAGCAGCAGCAACAACUACAGAUUAGGAGCAUCAGCAAUAGCUUACCAAUUGCCAGCAGCAUACGAUCGACCUUUAACACUCUACCAAUUCACCAGCAAGCCCUGCCAGCCCUUCUGCCGUCGAUCGUAAAAUAUUUUUAAAUCCACUCAUUUAUAAGUCGGUUAUAAAUUUUUUUUUUGUUUGUUUCCUUUUGCGUUGGCUUUUGGCAGAUAACAGAUAACACAUACAGAUACUGAAAUUGUCUUAAUGAUAGAGAAACGAGAAACAUAACCGAAAACCAAGUAAAAUAAAAAAUCGAAACACGUAUUUUUUUAAAACUUGCAACAAAACAACUAUGUUCUUUUCCACUCGUACAACAACUACAUGUUAGAAAGAAAGGAGACGGCAAGCUCUGUGCACGGGAGUGAGCGAGAGCGCAACAGCAGCAGGCAAAUGAACUGAGUCCCAAAGGAUAGAAAAGAAAAGAGAAAAAAAAUACAGAACAGAAAAACACUAAAAACAAUGAAAAAUAUAUAGAAAGGCCGCCGAAUCCACAUCCACAUGUUAUUAAUCUAAGAAACUAAAGAAUUAAAAAAAUAAACGUCGAAAAAA